GUUAAAAGACGUUUUACUCUCCGAUCCAGUUCAUCGACGACGAAACAUUCAUAAAUCCUUUCUUCUCCGAUCUGUAACAAAGGUCUUACCUCAUCCCUUUUUUCUUCUCAAGUCCGUGAAAUCAGAUUAGGUUCAAUUCGAAACUGGUUGAUUGAUUUGGUUUUGGGGAUCGGAACGAAAUGUGUUUAGGUAAUAAUCAAAUUGUGAUGAUGGGAAUGAGUAAAACAGAGAUCAAUUUGCGGAGAUUGCUUUCCGCUGCACCUAAUCAGCAAAAUCAAUCCAAGCUUAUGCAUUAUGUAGCUACUAUGAGGGAACAAUUGGAACAAAUCUCUGAAGAGAAGACUCCUGAUGGUCUUCCCAGAGUUACGAAGGCUAAGGUGAAUGAGUACUAUGAGAAGAUUGAAGCUGUUGCUUCUAAGAUAUCUGCUCAAGUGCCUGAGACAGAGGUAUCUGAUGAAACUUUGCCAAAGGAUACUACCAGCGGAAGCUCUCCUAAAAUAGAAGACGAGCCUCGAAGCCCAACUUCUCCACAGCUGAGAAGAAGAAUUGUGUCUACAAGCUCCAAGGAGCAAAGUGUUGAUGCUGGUCCGUCAAAGGCACUAAAACUAGACACUGCAGCUAAAGAACACAUCGACAAGCACAGAAAGCUUCAGGAGGAUCUCACUGAUGAAAUGGUGGGACUUGCGAGACAACUCAAGGAGAGAAGUCUGAUGAUAAGCCAAUCCGUGGAAAAUACUGAGAAGAUACUCGACUCUACGGAGGAGGCCAUUGAGCAGAGCUUAGCGAGCACGGGACACGCAAAUGUAAGGGCGUCAAAGAUAUAUUCAGAGAGUUCAAAGACGAGUUGCUUCCAGUGGCUAUUGAUCUUGGCCAUGAUCUGUGUCUUCAUAAUGGUUGUCCUGUUGAUCCGUGUCACAUAGAAACAAUAUGGUUCCGAGUGCAAAACCAAGAUUUUAAGAUAACAUUUCAGUCUCUU